CUGUUUGUCACAACUGAGCUGAGGUCGAACGAACAGGUUUUUGCGGGCACUUUCCGUUUUAUUUCGCUUUUUAAACUCCCGGACACGCUUUUUAAUCGUGCUAUUGAGUGUUGCGGUCACAUUGGCAUCGAAACGUGAGCUUGAAGCCUUAUUUCAGCUCGUUUUUUUUUUUUUAACGCGGAGACAGUCAUUUAACGCAACCUAGCUCGAAGCAAAGUUUCGAGGGGAAAAUGAGUGCGCCGACCGCCAAGCAGCAGAAGCCGCCGGCGGCGACCAACAACCCCCCUCCGUCGUCGUCGGCAUUGGCUUCCGCGCCGCUCAAGGAAAUCCCAGAGGUGCUGAUGGACACCCGGGCCAAGCGGCGCUACACUCGCGGCCGCUUCCUGGGCAAGGGCGGCUUUGCCAAGUGUUACGAGAUCACCGACGUGGAGAGCCAGCAGGUGUUCGCCGGCAAGAUAGUGCCCAAAACGCUCAUCACCAAGCCGCACCAGCGCGAGAAGAUGACCUCGGAGAUCACCAUCCACAAGAGCCUGGAGCACCCCAACAUCGUCGGCUUCCGAGGCUUCUUCGAGGACGACGACUUCGUCUUUGUGGUGCUGGAGAUCUGCAAGAGGAGAUCGCUGCUGGAGCUGCACAAGCGUCGCAAGGCAGUGACUGAGCCCGAGGCGCGCUACUACAUGAUGCAGCUGCUCAAGGGUGUUCAGUACCUGCACAACAACCGCAUCAUCCACAGAGACCUCAAGCUGGGUAACAUCUUCCUCAACGAUGACAUGGACGUCAAGAUAGGCGACUUCGGCCUGGCCACCAAGAUCGAGUUUGAUGGCGAGCGCAAGAAGACUCUGUGCGGGACACCAAACUACAUCGCGCCCGAAGUUCUGUGCAAGAAAGGACACAGCUACGAGGUUGAUGUGUGGUCGUUAGGAUGCAUAUUGUACACGUUGCUGGUUGGUAAACCACCGUUUGAGACGUCAUGCCUGAAGGAGACGUACAACCGCAUCAAGAAGAACAACUACACCAUCCCAUGGCACAUUAACCCGGCGGCGGCGACCCUGAUCAAGUCCAUGCUGCACGCAGACCCCAGCCAGCGGCCGCCCAUCGCCCAGAUGCUGUCGGACGACUUCUUCACGUCGGGCUACAUCCCGUCACGGCUGCCCACCACUUGCCUGACCGUGGCGCCCCGUUUCUCCAUCGCGCCAUCCACUGUCGCAGAGAUGGGCCAGCGCCGGCCCCUCGCUGCCCUCGGCAACAAGGGAGGGUCGGAGAAUGUGAGGGAUGAGCAGAUGCCAAGGGACGUGGAACCUGCCGAGAACAAUCUGAAGGAUUUACUGCUGCAGCUCAACAGCUUCCUGACCGUCAAACCAAUGGAGAGGCCGCUUGUACGCCAAGAGGAAGCAGAGGAUCCCGCCUGUAUUCCCAUCUUCUGGAUCAGCAAAUGGGUCGACUACUCGGACAAAUACGGAUUAGGCUACCAGCUGUGCGACAACAGCGUGGGCGUGCUGUUCAACGACUACACGCGUCUGAUCAUGUACGCCGACGGCGACAGUCUGCAGUACAUCGACAAGACGGCACACGAGUCCUACAUGAGCGUCGCCGCAUACCCGCCCACCCUCAACAAGAAGAUCACCCUCCUGAAGUACUUCCGCAACUACAUGAGCGAACACCUCCUGAAGGCAGGCGCCAACAUGGCGCCGCGGGAGGGCGACGAACUGGCGCGGCUGCCCUACCUGUCAUUGUGGUUCCGCACCAAAAGCGCCAUUGUGCUACACCUCAGCAACGGCACCGUGCAGAUCAACUUCUUCCAGGACCACACCAAGCUGAUCCUGUGCCCGCUGAUGUCAGCGGUGACGUACAUCGACGAGCGGCGGGACUUCCGCACAUACAAGCUGUCUCUUCUGGAGGAGUUUGGCUGCACCAAGGAGUUCUUCAGUCGUAUGCGUUACGCAAAACUCAUGGUGGAGAGGCUAAUGGACAGCAGCAAGGCCACACACUAACGCACGCGCACAUAAACACUUUUUACAGCCUCCCAUCCAUCCUGUUCUGUCCUGUUAACGUUCUAAGAACUGUUUUCCAAUCUUAUUGACGUUCUCUCUUGGGUUGGGGUUAGUUUUAUGUGUUGGACAUUUGACCCUUUUAAAAAAAUUUUGGUUUAACAUGUUCAUGUUUGAAGGUUAAAUAAAGUUUCAAGUCAAUCUUGA